ACUAUUAAAGUACAUUUUUUUCAAAAGUAAACAAACCUUUUUUUCAAAAUUUAAAAUUUAUAUUUAUAUAUAAAAUAAGCUCUCAAUCUUCUAUAAAAUAUACAAUAAAAUAUUUUUUAUAUUCGGGAAAUUUACAAACGAAAAUAAAGGAAGUAUCCUUUAUGUACACAUAAGUUUAUAAUGAUAUAAACUAAGAUUAAAUUUAAGAAAGGAAAGAGAUGAUUUAUGAUGACUUCGGCAGAACAAUUUAUUAGUUUAAUUACUGUGGCAAGUGCAAAAAAAUUAGCGACAGCUCUAAUCGUGUGUUUUAUUUUUUAUCAUGGAAUGUUACAUAUUAUUUAUGAUAGUGAUUCUUGUAAGUGGUUAUUAACAGAAGGAAGAUAUAAAGGAGACAAAGAAUGGCAACCGUACGGUUGUAUGAUGCAUCAUUAUACACAAACAGAUAGUCGAAGAUGUCUGAGAUAUUUAGCUUUCAUGGGUCACCACAAUCAAUUUGUUUUUAGUGGCGAUGCCCGUAUAAGACAAUUGUAUAAAACUUUUGUAUCACAAUUUAUAGUCGAUGGCAAAACAUCUGAUUUAGUGGAAUUGCCAGAAAAUUCAGAUCUUAAUUUUAAUGAUGCACAACUCAGACUUAAUGUUCAAUUUCUUUGGAGACCGCAAAUCAAUGCUGCAAUGGUAUCUGAUUUUCGAAAUUGGAUGACAGGAGAAUCGCCAAGUAUGAUUAUUGCCGGUUGCGCCGUGGCCGAUAUUCUUGCAAACAAUGCCAGUGAUCUUACGCUACAUUCAAUAUAUAGUAGAAAUUUAAUGAAACUUGUUCGUCCAGCUGAAGUUGUUGCUCAAAAAGGUACUCGAUUCUUAUGGACAUUACAAGAUCCUAUUUUAAAAGAACGCCUGUCUCCUCAGUUGUCAAACGUUGAUAACAGACAGAUUGACGUCUGCAACAAAGCAGCUAUCGAGGUGUUCUCGCACAGUGAGGCUCAUUUAUGGGAGAGCAGUAGACUCGUAGGCAGUGGAAUUUUAGAACAAAGUCCGGAUGGAUAUCUGUCGAGCCCCUUAUCAUUGCGGCACAAAAUUCAAAUACUUUUAAAUACACAUUGCAACGAUCAUAUGAACUUUGACGAUGGUAGCUGCUGCAGUUCCCCAGAAGCGGCAACGACCUUGCAACUCGUUUCACUUUUUGUUCUAGCUUUAUGCAUAAUAAUAGGAGGUAGUAUUUGGCUGUACAGAAAAGUUUGUCAAUAUCAGACUGAAGUUUUGUAUUCCGGUUUAGCAAUGGAAGAAAUUGAGAGAGCAGAAGAAACAAAUGUAACUGAUAUUCUAAAAAGUGAACCACCUCAAGUUCAGGAUUUUUAUACUCUUGUUACUUCGCUAGCGCUCUUGUCAAUAAUAUUUGCUUACUUUUAUUUAUGUGACAGAACUAAUUUCUUCAUGAAGGAGAAUAAAUACUAUAGUGAAUUUAGUUUUUGGUUGCCUCUGGGAUAUAUUUUAGCUCUUAGUCUCUUUUUCACUGAAGAUCGUGAACGGGGUCCAAGAUUUUUAAAUCGAGAACAAACUGAUGAGUGGAGAGGUCUUAUGCAAGCAGUCGUGUUAAUUUAUCAUGUUACAGGCGCUAAAAACGUGCUGCCGAUUUACAUGCAUUUAAGAUUAAUUAAUUCCGCUUAUUUAUUUCUCUCUGGAUAUGGACACUUUUAUUAUUUCUGGCAGACGGGCGAUAUUUCACUGGUCAGAUUUUUUCGGGUACUCUUCAGACUAAAUCUCUUAACUGUGUCUCUCUGUCUGUGUAUGAAUCGACCUUAUCAAUUCUAUCACUUCGUCCCCUUGGCAUCUUUUUGGUUUUUAAUCGUCUAUUUCUUGGCGUGGUUACCUCCGAGGGUUUAUUCCGGAACUUUAGCCGAAUAUGGACCCAGAGCACUGCUUUAUUUAGCACUUAAACUAUUGGGUCUUAUUUGCAUCAUCACGAUUCUCUACAUGUCUGAGGUAUUUUUUGAGAAGAUUUUUGUCACUCGACCUUGGAAAGCAUUAUUUGUAACAACGGAUGACGAUAUUCGAGAAUGGUGGUCAAGGUGGCGCAUUGAUAGAUACAGCGUGGCUUGGGGAAUUGCUUUUGGAGCAGGUUUAGUCGGUCUGCAAAGAGUGGACCACAUUCCAGGAACAACUAUAGCUCCUAUUCUAGCCCUUAUUUCAUUAGCUGCAUACACAAGUUACACACUUCUCUGUCAUUCUCUUUCCGAAUGUGAAGAGAUUCAUUCCUAUGUUGCAUUUAUUCCUAUUUUGGGAUACAUUGUCCUUCGAAAUGCUUCAUUAGCACUGCGAGGGAAACAUUCUUCCCUUCUGGCUGGUCUCGGUCGAAUAAGUUUAGAAACUCUCGUCAGCCAAGGACAUGUUUGGCUCGCAGCCGAUUCUCACGGAGUUCUAGUUCUUCUACCUCGAUUUCCAGUAUUAAAUCUACUGCUUUCUUCCUUCAUUUUUAUUUGUGCUAGUCAUGAGAUACACAGAUUAACAUUAGUUCUUGCACCGUAUGCUGUGCCAAGUGAUUGGAAGCUGGUUAUUAGAAAUCUUUUACUUUUCACUGUGGUCUUAGUUCCAAUUGGAAUACAUGAUGGGAUGUUUUAAUAAGACAAAUGAGGCUAUAAUUUAUAAUUCUUAGUAAAUAUUUUAUUUUAUUAAAAGUCGUUGCAGAUUUGUAAAUAUGUACAAAGUAAUAAAACUUAGGUAGCAGAGUGGUUUAAAAAAAUCUUUGAAACUAAAAUUCAAUACAAUGUACAAAAUAGUAAGUGUUUGAAAUCACUCUGUUAUUAUAACAAUCGUCUAAUUCUCUAAUUAUUUAGAUAUGCAUCCAUUACAAUUAUACGAUACAUAUUACCUUUCACUUCUAUUUAUACAUUUUAUUUAUUGAAAUUAAUCUAUGGAACUUUGAAAUAAAAUUACUAGAAUGAUUUCAUAUUAAAAAUUUGUUUUUUAUAUUCCUUCUAUCAUUUGAGUACUCUAUUUUAAAAUUGUUA